UGCUGUAAAGGUCACGUGUGAAAAAUGGUCAUAAGUCACUUUUUAAGUACCGUUGUAACUUUGAACGGUCACUAAAUGAAGUGUUGUAAGUCGAGGACUCCCUGUAUAGCCUCCCAUCUCACAAACAUGACUCUGCUAGCAUAUAGUGAAACAGUAAAAAAAGUCUAAAGCAUCCAUUAAAAACAACAGCAUAAAUACCAAGAAGAACCAAAUCCUACAUAUAAUACAGGUAGUCCUCGAGUUACAGCCAUUCAUUGUUAAAGUUACAAAGGCACCGAAAGAAAUGACUUAUGAUUGGUCCUCACACUUAGAAUUAUUGCAGCCUCCCUAUGGUCAUGUGAUCAGAGUUCAGGAGAUUGGCAACCAGCAUGUAUUUAGGAUGGCUGCAACAUCCUGGGGUUAUGUGAUCACCAUUUGCAAUCUUUCCGACUGGCUUCUGACCAGCAAAGUCAGCGGGAGAUGCUGACUUUUUAAUGGCCAGGUGAUUCACUUAACAACUAUAGUGAUUUGCUUUUGCAUGGCAAAAAGGUGCAUACAACUGGAUGUGAUUCACUUAGUAGCAAUCGCCUUGCUUAGCAGUGGACUUUCUGGUUUCAAUUGCAGUCAUAUAUAACAAUCCUUCAGGCUCCCUAUUUCCAUGGAAUCCCUAAGCCUACUAGAAAAAUCUUGUUUAAAGAGAUUUCCAGAAAGCCAGUAGAUUUGGGACUAGCCUCAUUUCAGGGAAUGAGGUUCCAUGGCAGAAAAGGCUUGUCUCCUGUUCCUGGAUCCCCUCGGAUGGAACUCUUCAGCAGACACGAUCUAUAAUCUGCCUCUCUUGCCAGACCUAUUGCUGUGAUAAAGUUGUUUAUGUCCUGAUGUCUGGAUUGCUUUGCUUGUAUAUUAAAUGAAUAUCCUUCAGCACUUCUAAUACGUGAGAUUAGUUGACAUGUCAGCCUACUUUAAUUCUGGCUCAUUGUUAGGAAUUCGAAUGAGUUUGCAGUGGAAAGCUAUUUAAAAUUAGUGCAUGCAUAUCUUAUCCCCAGAAUCUUUUACAAGCAAUUUGUCUUUUUGUUAUUAAGCAAAACCUCAAACAAAUUGAGAGUGGCACUACUAUUCUUGUGUGCAAAUACAGUAUUUCCUUAUUUUUAAUUUUGUUUUUGCUGUUUUUGAAAUUCACAAAUGCGUUUCAGGCGUGUUGCAAUAUUACCAUGGAAAUUAUACAUCAAAUGCAAAAUCGAGUAAUAAGCAAUGCAGGAAACAUUAUAGCAAACGAGAAAGACUUCAGUGGUAUUGAAAGUAAAUUUUCUUUAAGAAUACCUGAAAAGCCUGAUGAAGACAUUUGUCACCUAGUUCCUGGACAGGAAACAAGUGUAACAGAUUGCAACUUCAAUCAUACCAGUAAAACUUUUGUGGUUAUACAUGGAUGGACGGUGACUGGCAUGUAUGAGAGCUGGGUUCCUAAGCUGGUGAAGGCACUGUACAACAGGGAACCUGAUUCUAAUGUCAUUGUGCUUAACUGGUUAGCUCGAGCCAGUUUGCAUUAUACAACGUCUGCAUACUUUACAAAGGAGGUGGGAGAAGAUCUUGCUGCAUUCGUUGAUUGGAUGGAGGAGCAGUUCAGUUAUUCUCUCGACAAUGUCCAUUUGCUGGGAUACAGCCUCGGUGCUCAUGUUGCUGGCAUUGCUGGAAGCCUGACCAGUAGAAAGAUUAAUAGAAUUACAGGGUUAGAUCCUGCUGGGCCCCUCUUUGAAUAUGCUGAGGCGUCUAGGCGCCUUUCUCCAGACGAUGCCGUCUUUGUAGACGUCUUGCAUACUUUCAUCAGAGGCUCCCCAGAUCGCAGCAUUGGCAUUCAGCAGCCGGUGGGCCACAUUGAUAUCUAUCCCAAUGGAGGUGGCUUCCAGCCAGGUUGCAAUUUAGCUGAAGCCCUGCGCCUGAUUGCCCAGAAAGGCUUCCAAGAAUCUGAUCAGCUGAUAAAAUGCUCUCAUGAACGCUCCAUCCACCUCUUCAUUGAUUCCCUCUUGUAUGAAGAAAAGCCAAUCAUGGCGUAUCGAUGCAAUUCAAAAGAAACAUUUGAAAGAGGGCUUUGCUUGAGCUGCCGAAAGAAUCGUUGCAACAAUUUAGGGUAUGAAGUCAAAAGAGUGGGAAACAAGAGGAUCAGCAAAAUGUAUCUAAAGACCCGUGCAUAUGCGCCUUAUAAAGUCUUUCAUUUCCAGGUCAAGGUACAUUUUUUUGGAAAAUUGAACAUUACCAAGAGAAACGAGCCAUUUCUUAUUUCUUUUUAUGGCACCAAGAAGGAAAGUGAGGAGAUACCGUUUGUAAUGCCUGAGAUCUCCACUAACAAAACAAGUUCCUUCCUGGUAUGUACAGAAGUUGAUAUUGGAGAACUGCUUAUAGUAAAACUUCAGUGGGAAAAAGAAUCUUUUUUCAGUUUUAGAUGGUGGGAUACCCCUGAAUUUAGCAUACGAGUAGUCAGAAUCAAAGCUGGAGAAACCCAGAAAAAGUUGAUGUUCUGCUCACAGAAUGGAUCUUCUUUCCUCCAAAAAGGGGGCGAAGCUGCAGAAUUUCUGAGAUGUAAUAAGAAAAAACCUAAUGACACAGAUUCGUGAGACCAGGCCAGAAUAAUGAAUGAGUGAAGACAUUCUGUUUUGGAAAGGAAAUUCUCCAGAGUGCUGACCAAACAGGAAUGAUUUACUGACAUAAUUAUCUAUCUUCUAUAAAACUGUCAGCUGACACUGUCCUAGGAAUUAUUCACCCGGACUGAAAUCUUGAUUUGGUUUCGCCUGAAUACGACUAGCAAUAUACAUUCAAAUUCACAUCUGACUGAAAAAACGUGCAGAUGGACAUUAUCUUCAUCCAGAUCAACAUCUGAAUGCACACUUGAUUCCUGAUUCAGUGAGCAGCAUGUAUGUAAAACCUACUUCUACAGAUAGAUCUCCUAAUCUGGAUCAUCUCAGCAUAUACCAAAACCUACAUAAACCAACUUUAUUUUUAUAAUUAAGAAGAAUUCUCUCACAGAUGGUGAUUUUUGUAUUAUUCGGAACAAACAUCAAUAAUUCUUAUACCAACUUUCUUGUUUUAUAAUGCACUUGUAUAAAAAAACCCUAUUUAUUGAAGAAUUGCUUAUUUUUACAUGCAUUUGGUUUAAGGUUUUUGGUUUUGUUUUGUUUUUUAAGUUCUACAAGUGGAUGUUUUGCUGUGCAACGUCCAUUUAGCUGAUAUUUGCAGUUUUGGAGCUUUGGCUGGCUAUAAAUUACUUUUAUAAGCAAUUAAGAGCAAUAUUUAGACUUUUUAUUCAAUAAAUGCUUACAAGCCACAAUAGAUAUAUAUGAAUAAUGAUGUUUUGUAGGUCUGAAAGAUUCCAGAGUAAGCUGUUUCACAGUAGGUAAAUAAUUAAAUUUAGGAAACACUUAGCAAUCCAUAAUCUCUUUACAUGACAAUAAAUUCAUCACAGGGGAAAAUACCUACAUAGCGUCUCAUGCUUUUCCUUUAAAAAGGAAUCUAAUGCAUUUAUAUUAAACAUAUGCAUCCUUAUCAAAUGACUAUCCAUAAAAAAGGCAGAGCAGUAUCAUAAAAAUGGUAGGAAUAUUACUUAUAACAAUUUUUUUACACAAAAUUACUGUAUUGAUUGUGGAUAGGGAUGACAAUUAAACCUAUAACUUUCACAAAUCCAUAUCCCAAACAAAUAAUAAUCCUCUUUUUUGACACUGUUGUUUCUAAGUUAGAAAAUAAUAUAUUUUUUUAAAGUAAUGUAAGCGUAUGAAAAUGUAGUAUUAUAACUCUCACUUUUGGAGAAUACACAAAUAGUUUGUUGAAUCAGGAAGUACACACAAAAAGGUAUUUGAUACAGAUAUUUAUUGGCAUGUUUAAAAUAAUUCAUUUUAAUAUUUUAAUCAAAAUCUCAGACUUUCAAAGUUGCAGCCAAUUAUAUCCACAGUGGUUUAGUAAGUUGUAUCCUAAAAAAAAAAGAUAAUUUUUUACUUCUGUGAAGAUACAUAAAAACAUAGAUGUGCCUGAACUUAGAUACUGCCAUUUUAGCACCUGGUUAUCAAAUACAUUAUCUCUUACUACAGGAAAAAAAGUUAUCAAAUGUGUGGCAAAAAUUACAUGCAAUACUUUUAAGUCUUCUUUAUUGAGAUGGUUUCCCUGCACAUAGGUCUUUCAUUUAGGCAAGAAAAACGAGUGAACACCAAAGGAUAUCUUUAAAGAUGUACAUCAUUUCUUCUGGAUGAAGCCAAUUUCUCAGGAAUGAGGUUUAAAAGACAAUUUCUUAACAAGUUGAAGAUUUUUAAUGCAAAGUCAAAUACAACGCCAACAGCAGCACUUGAUCACCAAAUGGAAUUUUAUAUAUGAGAAGAUAUAUCUUGACUUUAAUUGUUUCUAUUUAUUAUUUGUAAAAUAUAUUUGUGUAUAUAUGUAAAAGUUAGUUUGUAUAUAUUGCUGAAGUAAAUAAAGCUAUAUUCAUUUA